AUGUCGGACGGCCGCGACUCUCCGUCGCAGAGCGGUCUCCGUGACCGCGUCAGCUUCUUCGAGAGAGUGUGGUCCGGACGCACCAAGAGAGACUCAGUGGAAGCCACUACCGAUGUGGACGAAAUAGAACGUAAAAUAGAACAACGCAAACGGCGGCCGGAGUCGCCGAAAAUUGAAGUGAAGUUGAAACACACGCGCGACACCCAGUCGCCGUCUAAGAGUUUCGAAACUCCUUUCCCUAAUUUGAAGUUGCGGCAUGUGGAGCCUGAGGAGGCGGCGGAGCGUCAGGUCGAGGAGGGCGACCUGGCGGCCGGAGUGCGCUUCGUCAGGUUCGAGAGGGUCACGGUCAAGAAGACGGUCACCGAGCUGAAGUCCGAAGACCGGCCCGACUCGCCCCACGAGUGGUACUCGGAGUACAAGCACCACACCUUACACACGGCUCCCAGAAAGGACUAUGUCCGGAGCAAAUCGGAAUACGAUUCUCACAUCGCAGAAAUACGAGAUGAACAGGAAAGAGUACAAAAGAAGACGUUCGUUAAUUGGAUAAAUUCCCACUUAUCGAAGCGUAUACCUCCCAUGCGGAUUGACGACCUCAUAUACGAUUUACGAGAUGGCACCAAACUACUGGCGCUACUUGAAGUGUUAUCCGGAGAGAAACUGCCGAUGGAGCGCGGUCGAGUUCUCCGUCGUCCUCACUUCCUCUCCAACGCGAACACGGCACUUCGUUUCCUUGCUGGCAAGAGGAUCAAGUUGGUCAACAUCAACGCAGCCGAUCUGGUUGACGGGAGACCAGCAGUCGUCCUUGGACUCAUAUGGACUAUCAUACUCUACUUCCAGAUCGAAGAGAACAGUCGCGCCCUGGAGUACCUCAGCGGGUCGAGGUGUGCGUCCGCUAUGUCCCAGGAAUCUGCCCCACGAGCUGAGGAAAGGUGGAAGCAAGGCGCCAAGAAGACGCUGCUGCAGUGGGUCGCCAACGCACUGCCCAAGGACUCAAAUAUUCAAGUAUCUGACUUCGGUCCGUCGUGGAGAGACGGUGUCGCCUUCUUAGCUAUUAUCGACGCGAUCAAGGCAAACCUCAUCAAUUUAGCAGAAAUGAAGAGGAAGACUAACAGACAGCGACUCGAACAUGCCUUUGACCUGGCUGAAAACGAGCUGGGCAUCGCUAAACUAUUGGACGCUGAGGAUGUAGAUGUGGAUAAACCUGAUGAGAGAUCCAUCAUGACCUAUGUAGCACAGUUCUUACACAAAUACCCAGAACCGAAGACUACUGGCCCGGAUGCAGUGGCAGCGGUUCAAGAAGAAUACGAAUUAUUACGAGCCUGGCUGACGGAGAGGGUCAGCGUAUUGACGCGACACUUCGAAACCAGAACCUUAUCAAGAAACUACGAAGACUAUGUCAGGGCUGAAACUGAUAGACGCUCCAGAGAACCUGGAUAUCUCAAGCUGGAGAAGCUUAUGUACGCCCAAAGUCAUGUGGCUAUCGCUCCUCGCUCCUGGAGAGAGCUGGUCGAUCUGUGGAUCGAAUUGGAGAGACUGCAUAGGAGAUGGCUUUGGAUGCUGGAUUCAGAUCUUCCUGGAGAUUUCAGGAAUAUAGGCGAGUGGCUUGCGAAGGCCGAAUAUUUACUGUAUUUCGACGAACUACCGACUGCUUUAGAUGAUAGAACGGCAGCCAUCAUUAGCGAAAAGCUAGAAGAACAUAGCAACUUCUUUGCCGAUUUACCCGAUGUUUUAGAUAGAUUUGAAGCGGCUUUGAGAUCACCGGACGCUUCUAGGAUACCUCCUGAAAGGUUACAGGAUAUGAAGGAGCGUCUGGAGAUUGUUCAUCGUAGAGCGCCUCAGAGGAAAUCAAGAUUAAAGUACUUGGAACACAAGUGCUGCAUUGUUGCUUUCACGGAAUUGACGAAGUCCAAGCUUGCCACGUGGACCGGCAAGUAUGGGCGCAUAGAAAAUGUAAGAGCCUUACUGGAUGACUAUGACAACUUUGUAACAAAGAACAAAAUAUUCCAAGAAUUUGACAGAGCUUACGUUGAUAUUAAGCAAGUGGCUGAAGAGUACAAAAAAGUCUGCGAAGUCGACAGGACGGAGGCGAGAGAAAUAGACACGUUUUUGAAAGAGGUCGCUGAAAACUGGCGCAGGGUGGCUUCUGAUGUAAGAUGUUCGAGAAGUGUCCUGGAAGAAGUUAUCGCUCACUGGGAGCGGUGGACAUCUUUAUCAGAUCAGUUCACCCAGUGGCUUGAUAGAGCACAACACAUGCUGAGAGUGUCAGAAGACGAAAGAUUAGAAUUCUUCCAAGAUUUAACAGUUUGGAAGGAAAAGCACCAACUCCUUGGAGACGCUGCUGGUUUCUUGGCAGCAACAUGCUCGGAUGAUAUAACCUCAGAAAUCAAGAGGAAAUAUGUCGAAAUCACUGAACGCUGGGAACGAAUUUGGGAGGAAGCUGAGCGUUACGUCCGUGGUGGUGAUGUUCUCCGUCAUCGACGCGAGCUGGCUCAGGGGAUUCAGAAAUUAGACAACUGGCUCAUGGCCGCGGAAAACCUACUGGCGUCCAAGCCACGAGGCACCACCGACGAUAUUCAGACAUACAUAAACCGCCUCCUACAACUCAAUGAGGAGAUCGAAGAACAUGAGGAGCUUUUCAAGUCUAUUAGCAGAACCUUCCAAACGGCAAUCGCCGAUCUCCCUCGGGACGAAGUGGAAGCCAAUAUGUCUAAGUUGAAGCAGCAGAAGGAAGCACUCGUGUACGUGAGGGCCACAGUCCCAGUGAAGCUGCACCAGCAUAGACAGCUGCUGGUGCAGCAUGAGUCACUGGAGAGUGGACAGAAAGAGAUCGGACGUUGGCUGGAUAAGGCAGAGGACACACUCCGCAGUAUGGAUACCAGGCGUGAGGUGAUAGAAGAAUGUUAUGAAGUCCACCGCAGCUUCUUCUCCCGUACGACCUACUAUCGCUCCAUGUUGGAGAGCAAGAACAAGGUGUUCCAGAACAUCGUCAGCAGCGCGGACACUGACCGCAGCGCUGACGUCACGGAUCAGAUACGAUUGAUGAAGGACCUCAACGACCGUUUUGCCCAAGUAUCGUCGGAUGCUACUCGUAAAGAAGCUGAACUUCAACGUUUGGUUCGCGCUUGGGAAGAAUUCGACGAGAAAGCCAGAAUUGUACGGGAGUGGACCUCUAGGGCUGAAGCACUCCUGGCUGAUAACAGGAUCGAUUCUAAACAAGCCGUCGACUUCCAUAAACGAUUCUUCCAGGAGGCCGACGAGAGGGCCGUUUCAGAACUGGUCAGAUCUGGACGAGAGUUGAUUGAAUUGGUAAGCGAACCAGAACGGCCUUCAGUGGUGGAGACAGUAGAACAGCUGCAGCGCCGCUGGAGAGAGUUGCUGCAAGCGGCGCCGGCGCAUCUCAUGCGGCUCGAGUUCAGGCUGGACGAGGCAGUGUUACAGCACACCGUUAAGGAAAUAGACAAGGAGAUCGUCUACGAAGAACAGGCCUAUAACCAAAGCGAUGACGCGGAUGGUAUUCUUAUCAGGAAUGAGGAAUACUUCCGUAACCAAGGAAAGAUCAUGCAGGUUGAACAAUGUCUUCAGAACUUAAAGAAGAUAUCUCAAAGCUACACCCAACAGACUGGAGACAAUUCUUUGGAAGAAGAGUUAAGGAAAUGCGAACAAAUGUGGGAAGCCACAGUUCACAGAGUAGAACACUUCAGACAACAGCUACAGAGGAUUCCUGCUAAGUGGGAUGCUUAUAGAGAAAAAUUCAGGGAGAUGGAGAUGUGGAUGGACCACGUCGACAAGACCAUGGACAGUAUUGUGAGAGAAGUUGAUUCCGCUGAGGCAUUUGAACGAGAGAAAACCAUCUUCCAGUUAAGAGAAUUAAUGAACAUUUGCCGCGAAGCCGAUAGAAAACGGGAAGAUAUGAAGUGGCUGGUUCAGACACUGGAUAUGCUCUCGAACCAUUGUUCCGAUGCUGAAGCUCAGGAGGAACAGCUGCGAUUGGAGAACCUUAUCGCCAGAUACAAGAACCUAAUUCCAACAAUUGAGAUUACUAUGAUAAAGACAGAGACAUACACUCGCUGUUACACUUAUCGUAGAGAAGUUCACGAAGUUAUAUGCAUUCUUGAGGGCGCUAAAGAACAAGCCAGAGUUGAACCAGAUUUGCAAUCUCUACAACAUGUGGAACAAUUAGUCCUCGAACAGCAGGCUGCUGUACAGAAGUUAGACAGGCAACGCCCGUCUGUAAUGUCAAUGCUUCACAGAGGAAAGGAACUUAUUAAGGAUGCUAAUGCUCCAGCCUUCGUGAGAGAGGAUGUAAGGAAUCUGGAAACAGGGUGGAAUACCGCUUAUGAGACGAAUACCGAAAAACUCCACAAACUCAGAGACACUCAGAAGGUGUGGUCCAAUUACGAAUACCAAAAGGAAGACUUGCUUUCAGAUAUCAAUAAAAUAGAAAGCUUCGUUGCACAUCCAGGGUUAGAACUUGGAGUUUCUAACAUAAACCGAGAACUACAGGAGACAAAGUCAAUCAGUACCGAUUUGGAACGCGCUAAAGGCGAAAAACUGCCACAGUUACAACAAUCGUAUGCUGAGUUACAGUCUCUUACAUCGAAUAAACCUAAACCAGUUAUUGAAAAGGAUCUGGAAACAAUUCAAAGGAAAUUAGUUAGAGUUGAAGAAGACGUUAAAACGAAAGUAGAUCAUUUAGAGAAAUUCAAUGAAGAAUGGGUAAAAAUUGAGAACCAAUUAGAACAUGUCCGCGAUUGGAUAAAGAAAGAGAGCCCACUUCUUAUAUCACAAAUAAGGUCAGAUAAUAUAACACCAGAAGAACGUGUAGAGAAAUCACAAUCUCUACAAAAAGUUAUUGCAGAGAAACUUGAAACAGUUCGAAAAGUUGCUGAUCAAGGUACUAAGUUGGCAGUUGAGCACAGAGUUCAGGAUGCUAACAGACUUAAAGGGGAUGUUGUUGUAUUGGAAAAAAUGAUGGCAGACCUUCAACGAUCAAUGGAACAUCAAACGAAAGUGGUUGAACAUGACUUAGCAAGUUGGCAAAAGUAUCAGAAGGGUGUAUCGGAGAUUAAACCGUGGAUAGAGGAAGCCGAAAUUAAACUAGGUAACGUUCCUAAACCGGCAUCAUUACCGGAAGCCCAACAAUUACAACAGCAAUCCAGAGCACUCAUCACCGAUUGCGAGAAGCAGCUCAUGAAUUUACAGAUCUUGUCCAGCGUUAGUCAUCAGUUAUCAGGAAAGACGAGUGCCCCUGACGAAGUUGAUGCUAUCCACUCGAGAUGGGCGGUAGUACACGACCUAUCAGACCAAUGGAACAAUAAGUUAGAUAAAUUAGUAACUAACUGGGAAAACUUUGAGAAAGAAGCUGAAAAACUUGAGUCUUGGAUCGAAAAUGGUGAAAAACUAAUUAAUAGUCGUAUUAUCAAUGUUGAAACACCUCAAGUAGAAAAACUUGAUAGAGAACUUAAUAAACUCAAAUCCUUUGGUAAUGAAAUUUCACAACAACAAGCAAAAAUUAUUAGCCUGUCUCAAACUUGUGAUAAUAUAUGUCAUAGCAUACAACCCGAGGGAGCAACUUUAUUGAAAAAUAAAGUAGCAGACAUCAAGGAACGAACAAACGCCUUGGCGGAUACUGUAAGAAUGAAAGUUAAUGAGUUGUCCGAUAAAAUCAUUGUAAAGCAGGAAUUCCUAACUAAGUUACACAAUUUUGAUAACUGGAUUACUGACUUCAGAAGGAAGACUGAAAGUUAUGAUCAAAUAAGUUCUGAUCGAGUAGAACCUACUCUUCAAUCUAUGCAUGUUCUUCUUCAAGAGCAUGCUGCUAAAGCACCUGAAUUUACUGAAAUUUACAAUGAAGUUAAAAAUAUGACUCUCGCAUCCCAUCCAGAAGAAACUCGGUCUUUGAGUGAUACUUAUUCAAAUAUUGCUCAACAUUAUCAAAUAAUUGAAACAAAUAUUCAACAAAAUAAAGCUAUUCUCAAAAAAUGGUCAGAUUUACUAAAUUGGCAUGAAGACAACAAACAACAGUUAAGCCACAUUCAGUAUCAAACAGAAGGGCCGAAAUUAACUCCUGAGAGCUACGAAAUUCUUCGUCAAGAAUUAGUUAAUAUUAUUGCUAAAAUACCAGAAUGGAAAAGUAAUGUAGCACUAUUAGAUGGCCCUUCUCGAAUCAAAGUUACAGAUCAGAGCACUGGUAGAAUAAUACCUCCUUCUAGUCUGGUCAAAGAAAUAGAAAUGAAAGCCGAGUCUUUAUUAAAUGCUGUGACUACUAAAAGAGAUCUGGUACAAAAAGUCGGGGCUAGAUGGGACAAAUUUAAUGCACAAAAUCAAGCUUUGUCUGAAGUUUUGCAUAAUGUUCAAUCAGUACUAAAUGAAAUGUCUCAACAAACUGUUCCCUUGACAGAAGCCACUAUUCAGGAUAUGACAGAGAAGUUAGAUAGUGUCGACUCUGAACUUAAAGAGAAACAAUCUAUAAGAAAAGAAUUCAGAGAAGAAGGUUUACAUCUUAUGAGAGAAGAUCAGCCAAAUAUGGGAACCAUUCAAAACGCUUUAUCAUCAGCAGACAAUAAUUGGGAUCAAGUGGUUAACUUCGUUCGGGAUACUAAGAAUAAGUAUAUUCUUCUAUCAUCAACAUUACAAGAAUUAAAGAAUUUUACAGUCGCUUUUGAUAGGGAAAUGAAUAGAGCUGAACAAUUAUACAAUGAAUGCAUGGAGGCACCCAAUGAUUACAUGCAAACUGCUCAAUCUUUAGACAAGGCGAAAAAAUCAUAUGAGCUUUUAAAACGCUCUAAGGGCUUACUGGAUCAAAUGGAACUGAUUAAACAAUCAGUACUUAAGCAAGCAUCAACUUUAGGUGGAUUUGAUACUAGUCCAUUAGAAGAAGCGUUCUUAAACUCACAAACACAGUGGGAAAAAGUUAACGACGGAAUAAUUAAACGGAUACAAGAUCUAGAAUCCCAAUUAAUUGCAUGGCGCCAAAUUGAUGACACCAGAAACCAAGUAGUAACCUGGUUGAGUGAAACAGGCCAAAACUUAGCGAAUGCUUGUGAUAAUCUUGAAAUCAGAUUUGGCCAAAAUCACUUGUUGAAAUAUAAAGAAGAAUUGCCAAUUUAUUUGGGAUUGAAAAAUAGCAUCAAAACUAAAUGUGAGCAAAUUACCAACUUAAAUAAAAGUAUACCAUUAAGUCAGGUUUCUUCUAUAACUGAUUAUCUGGAUAGCGAAUUUGAAGCAUUAAAAAACUUGUCAGAUAACUUAGAGGAAGCUGUUUCAUCUUUAGAAACAAAAGAAAAUAAACUGAAAGAAAAUAUCAAGCGAUUAUCAGAUAGUAUCAGUAAAAUAAGAGAUGACAUUAUAAAAUGUGACGAUAUGUCAGGUGACAAUGCGAAAAUUCUAGAUAGAUUGAAAAAAUGUCAGUUAUGUAAAGUUGAAUUACAAAACCUUAGUGACGAAUUAGACAAUCUUACCCAAAAUGUGUCUGAAAUGAAUGCUAAUUAUCCUGGAUUUUACGAAUCGUUAGUACCGAAAGAACUUAGUACUUUACAAAAGCGAUUUGAAAGCGUUUUAAUUCAUGCUAACAAAACUGAGACAACUUUAUUGACUUUCCUUCAGAAACUUUUCACUGAUAAAUUAAAUAUUUUCAAUAGAAAUCUCAAAAUACUGGAUGAUAAAACAAGAUGGUGUAUGCCUGACAUAAAUAGUGACAAAUACAAUCUCGAAGUUAAAAGUGCUGCUUUAGCAGAUGUAGAAAUCGGAAUUGCAGAUUGCAAUAAAAAGGUUGGUGAACUUAAAGAAGCUUGUGAGAUAUUGCAAGUGGUAGCCGAACCAGCCUGCUAUCUUGAAGCUGCCUCACAAACUGAAAAGGCAAAGAAGAAUUUGGAAGUUCUUUCAUCGAACUAUGAAGAAAUUAAAAAACGUUUGCAAGACAAUAUCGAAGCAUGGCAAGACUACGAGAAACAUCUUGAAAAUGUAUCCGAGUGGCUUAGAAACAAAGAAAAUAAAAUACGACAAGAUACAGCAAAUCAGUUGAACCUUAACGAUAUUCAAAAUAAAAUAUUAGAAACUGAAGAUCUUAACAAUGAAAUAAAGAAAUACGGAGACGAAAUAAAAAGAUUGACAGAAGUCGGGGAAACAGUUUUAUCUAGUAAUCCAGACUCGAGGAUUUCUCAGUACAUAAAUCAUUUGGAAUCGAGAUAUCAAGCUGUAAGUAAAUUUAUGGACCAACAACUGAAACGAUUAAAUGACCUUAAAAAUAACAAAUCACAAUAUGACAAAUCAAUAUUGGAGUUUAAAACCUGGAUUCAAGACGCUAACUCUAAAAUAGCAGAUGUAGCAGCAAUGAGUAAACAUGCAAAACCAACGACUUCUGACUUAAAUCAAGUUAAAAAAAUGAAUGACAACAAAGAAAUUGGCCAGAAGUUAUUAAAUAACGCUGUUGAAUCUGGAGAAGCUCUGUUUAGUGAUGUUUCGCCGGAAGACCGCGAACAAAUAAGAAGUGAAUUAAGAUCAUUACGUGAUGCAUUUGAAGACUCUGUUGAUUCUCUCAACAAUGUUAUAAAAGACAUUGAAACCACUCUCAAUAAACGGUCAUCCUUUGACGACACAUUUAAUCAAGUUCAGAAAUGGAUUAGUGAUAAGGAAAUAGAGCUGGGAGAGUUUAAACUGUCCCCUAGUCUACCGGAAAAGAAAGCUCAACUUCAUGCUUAUAAGAUUCUCCAGCAAGAAGUAGAUUUACAUCAAUCGAUGCUGUCCCAACUUACUGAAAAACUAAAGUUGAUGCCGGACGAAGAUUCUGAAAAAAGUCUGAAUAAAAUAAUUGACAGAUAUGGUGCUAUGUCUUCAGAACUUGGAAACAGAAUUUCUAAAUAUGAGGGUCAUGUUAUGGAUCAUGAGAAAUAUAGUCAAAUGUUUGAGGAAGCUCGAGACAACCUCAAUCAUGUAAUCGCUGAAAAUAGUCUUGUUGCAUACGCUGUCGUUUCUCAAAAGGAUGACGUCGACUCUAAAAUCGCUUCGCUCGAAAAAGUAACUUCAAGGGCUCAAGAAAUUGAUAAUUCACUAGAAGAACUAAAGGUACAACUUCAUAGUGUAUUAGAAACAACUAGCCCCAAUGGUCAUCCUGUCCUCAUUAGUGAAUAUGAGCAACUAAAAACUACGUGGGAGCAAUUUUCAAAACAAUGUAAGGAAUAUGAUAAGAAGUUAAAAGAUACCUUGCAACAAUGGAAUGAAAGUCAAAAAACUUUAGAUGAUCUUGAUGAAUGGCUUAAAGUUAAAGAAAGUCAAGUUAGAGAUCAGAGCCUUAAAAGUAAUUUAGAAGCAAAAGUUUCACACUUACAAAAAGUCAAAGAACUACAGAGCGAGCUGGAAUCUAAAAAAGCUGAUUUUGCUGCCUUGACCGAUAAGCAAAACGUUUCAAGUGAGUCGAAUCUCAUUUCUAAAACCUCCAAACUAGCAACCAGGUACCACUCAUUAAAUAAUCUCGUUAAUGAAAUAAUUUCAAAAUACGAAGUGUUUGUAUCGGAGCACCAAGCAUUUGAAAACGAGUAUAACAACAUAGAAAAUUGGCUUAUGAAUAUGUUAAGUGAACUUCAAGACCUGAAUGAAAUUGUAGGCGAUUACGCUGUACUUCAAGAAAAACAAAAUAAGGCGAAAGAAUUGUACGAGAUGAGAAAUAAGAAAACACCAGUAUUUGAAGAAUUCCUUAGUUUGGGCGAAAAACUAUAUGCUCAUACGAGUCCUGACGGAAGAGAAAUUAUACGUCAAAAGAUUCGUAAAAUUAGAACAUUAUGGGACAGCUUUGGUGAUAGUUUCCAAGAAACAGUUAAUAAGUUAGAUCAGUGUCUCCUCCAAUUCUCAGACUUUUCUUUAGCUCAAGAACAAUUGACAAAAUGGCUCAAAGAUGUUGAAAAAGCGAUGCAAAAACAUACAGAACUAAAAGCUUCACUGGAAGAAAAGAAAGCGCAGCUACAAAAUCAUAAAAUUAUGCAUCAAGAAAUUAUGACUCAUCAACAACUAGUAGAGUCAGUUUGUGAUAAAGCUCAACAACUUGUCGAUCAAACUCAUGACGCCUCUUUAAAUGUUUAUUUACAAUCUAUUAAACAAUUGUUCCAAAAUAUUGUUACAAAAUCACAAAACCUUCAAGACAAUCUGGAGGACUGUGUUAAAAGACAUGAAGAAUUGGUACGUUUGAUUCAGCAAUUUAAGGAGUGGCUUGGAUCUCAAUCAGAAAAACUAUUAGACAUUGAAAAUGCUAUAGGUGAAAAACCAGAAAUUAUGAGAAAACUUCAAUCCGCGGUCGCCUUAAAAGAUAUUGAAAAAGUGGGCUCUAGCAAAUUAGAUGAAAUAAGAGCAAUGUUUUCUGUUGUUAGUAAAAGUACAUCAGAAGCCGGCAACUCAGUUAUAAAAGCAGAAAUUGAUAACUUGCAUAGUCAAUUACUAUCUGCAGUUGAGAGUAUUUCCACCGCUGAACAGAAAUUAAAAAAUACUUUAGAAGUGUGGAAUAAAUUUGAUGCAUCAAAUGAAUUGUUGUCGGUGUGGUUAAAAGAUAUGGAAAAUAAAUGCCGAGAUCAAACACUCUGUUCUACUUUGGCAGAAAAAGAAUCACAGUUGGAAAGAUAUGUUAAAAUACGUAAUGAUAUUCAUUCGAAAGAAAAAGAAAUUGAUGCCUUUGUAGAUGAAUCUCAUAGUCUUGUAUUAUUAAGUGGUGUAGAUCGACUUAAACCUCUUGUCACACAAGUAAGCAGUCGGUACCAACAACUACAUUUAAUUUCUAAGGAAAUAGUUAACCAUUGGCUUGAAUUAGUUACUGACCACAAGAAAUACAGUCAACUACGAAAUGAAUUCGAUUCCUGGCUAAAACCGUUAGAAGAUCAACUAUCGCAAAUAAUAACAAAUGAAGAUAAAUUAAGCAUUGAAAGUAAGGGUAAUAAGUUGCAAGUGUUUUUACUGGAACGAGAAAAUGGGGAACAUAAAAUGGGUAUCUUAACCGCGGCUGGUGAUAAGGUCUUACCAGAAACUGCAGCUAAUGGCAGGGAAAAUAUCAGAUCUGAAAUAAGAGAACUUAGACAGAGAUGGGAUAAAUUAAAUGACGGUAUUCUGCAGCAGCAAAAAGAAUAUGAAUCUCAAACACUGCAAUGGUCAAGUUAUCAGGACGUACUGCAACAAACCCUAUCUUGGUUGGAUGAAAAAGAGAAAAUAGUGGAGAGUGAAGAAAAAGUUAUAUUAAAUUCAGCACAAGAUAUUAAAUCCAAAUUACUUAAAAAUAAAACGUUGCUACAAGAAAUAUAUUCACAUAAAAGAGUGAUUGAAACUGUUACUGAAAAAGCUAAAUCUAUUGCUGCAAGCAUUAGUUCCGGCAAAGGAGAAAAUGACGAAAUGGCAAAAAUCACACAGUCUGUCUGGGAUAGGUACAAUGCUCUCACUAACAGGCUAUCUAAUAUAAUUACUAAGCAUGAAGGUGCCUUUGAUGUUUACCAACAAUUUGCUGACCAGCAAAAAUCACUUCAGGAUUAUCAGAAGCAUUUAUGGGACAGGUUACAUUUAUUGUCAGACUAUACGGGCAACAAAGCUGCUUUACAGAGCAAGGCAGUAAAGAUACAAGAACUUCUGGAUGCUAUUCCUACAGGGAGUAAUAAACUAAAAAUCCUAUCUGAUCUUAUAGAGAAUAAUAGUGUUAAACUUUCACCACGUGGAAAAGAAGGUAUGUCUCGGGAACUAGGAUUGCUUCGCGCUGAUCUUGAAAAAUUCACCGCGACAGUUCAUGAUGUUAAACAAGGCAUUGGAGAUAAAAUACAGCAAUGGAUAGAGUUUGAUGCUGCAAAUGAUCGUCUCCAGCAUUGGUUGAGCGACACUGAAAUGAGCCUGAAGACUUAUACCCCCAAAGCUACUUUGGAAGAAAAGAUAGACCAACUCACUAAGUAUCAGGAUUUGAAUAAAUCAAUAGAUAAUCAUGAAUCUGAUCUGAGUGCAGUAAUAAAUUUGGGGGAAGCCUUGGAUCAAGCUAUUCUAGCUAAUUUGAAAAAGACCGAAAACGACGUUGAUAAAGUGACCGAUGAGUUUAGUGACCUCAUUGAAAAUUGUAAUGAUACCAGAAUCACAAUGAAUCUACAACAGUUGACGUCCCGAUUCCAAUCAGUGCAUUCAACCGCUAAGGAAUUGGUUAAAAAAUGUCAGCAGGCGGUCAAUGACCACAAUGCCUAUCAAGAUAAAUACAAUCAAUGCAUAGACUGGGUAAAAACAGCUGAGCAUAAAUUUGAAGACACUCAAAAGAAUACUUCUAAUACUCCUGAAGGUAUUAUUGCCAAACGUGAGAGCCUGAACGAUUUAUUAAGCCAAAGACGUAAUGCAACUCUGCUUGUUAAUAAUACUUUUGAAUUGGGAGAGAAAUUGUACCCUUCAACGUCUCCCGAAGGCAAAGAAUUAAUUGAGCAACAAUUACACGACAUGCAACAAACUGUAGAUAAUUUGUUUGACAAUAUCUCGAAAGCGGAGCGUGAUUUAGAUUCUGAACUAAAUAAGUGGUCUUCGUUUGAUGAAAAUCUAAAAUCUGUAAAGGAAUGGCUAACAUUGGCCGAGAAAAAUCUUCCUAAAGAAAUUGAGCUUAAGGCUACAUUAGACGAAAAACGGAAUCAACUAAAUGUUUACAGAAAUUAUCUCCAGGAUGCCCUUGCACAUCAACAAGAUGUAUCGGACCUUGAAACUCGAGCUGGAAACUUACCUGACGUGAAUAAAAAUAUUACAAAAGAAUUGAAUCAAUUGAAACAACGGCAUGAUAUUAUUUUAGCUCGUUCAAAAUCUUUUGUUGAACAAUACGAAGCCAUUGUUAAUAAUCAUCAACAAUAUAGUAAAGCUGUGAUGGAUUUGCAAGAGUGGGUUGAGGCGACUCACAACACUUGCCAGUUGUGGGGUGACAUCAACUUAGAAAGAGUUUCACUAAGUAGUAAUUGUGAAAAAUUGAAAUCGUUACAAGUUAGUCUGCCUGAAGAGAAAAAUCGCAUAGAUAAAAUACGCACACUUGGGGAAAAAGUUUUGCCUGGAACUAUAGCUAGUGGUCAAACUAAUAUAAGAAAUCAAAUAGAUGCCUCGCACCAAGAAUGGGAAGGCUUAGUGUCAUUUAUCAACAAAACAAUUGAAAAUUUGGAAAAUAAAAUACAACUAUGGAACGAGUACGAGAACAUGAAAGAUCAAUGUUUAGCAUGGAUCAGAAAUACAGAUAAUUUGAUCCAUGCUGUCGAUUUGAAAGCGACCUUAUCUGAAAAACAAGAGCAAUAUAAUAAAUUCCAGGAAUUGCAGGGUGAAGUUCGUGCAAAGGAAUUAGAAAUAGAUAAUAUUACGGAAAAAGCACAAAAUUUGUACACGGGUGUAUUAGGCCCACGAGGUUCACAAUUAUCCGAUUUAACUGUGAAAUAUCAAACUUUAUCUCAAAAGGUUAAAGAUUUAACAAAUAGGUGGCAUCAAUACGUUAAGACUCACCAAGAAUUUACGACUAAUGUUGCUGAAUGUUCACAAUGGAUCGAAGAACUCAGAGAUAAACUAGACUUCUGUGCUGACUUAAGUUCUUGUUCUCAAGACGAUUUAGAAACAAAGUUAGUAUUGAUUCAAAACUUGUUGCUUGCCAAGGAUGAAGGAUUUACUAAAGUUCAAGCUUUAGUUGAACUUGCACAAAAUGUUAUGGCCAACACGGCACCAACUGGUCAUGAAGCUAUUAAUAAUUCUCUAGUGGCACUUCAAGAGCAAUGGUCAGCUUUAUUAUCAAGAAUGAUGGAAACAAAGAACCUACUUGAUGAUUCCGUUACUAAAUGGGCUGGAUUCUUAGAACAAAUUCAAUUGAUACAAAAAAGCAAUACGUGGUUAGAAGGCAUGUUAGCUGAAUUAACUCCAUAUGAGGGUUCAAUGUCAGAUAAACGUGCCCAACUUGAAAAAUUAAAAGAGGUCGAGGAAAAAGCUCGCUGUGAUCGUUUGGAAGUAGAUACGUUGAAAGCCAAAGCUGCUGAAAUGUUGGCCAGUGGACAGCAAAAUCAGGCAGCUUCAAAAGCCCAAGAAACUUUGAACAAAUUUGAUCAAUUAUAUGAAAAAAUUAAGAAGUUAUUAGCUGACCGCGAAGAACAAUAUAAGGAUCAUAGAUUAUAUAAAGAAGCCCAUGAUGAACUAAUACAAUGGCUAGGAAGAGCAAGAGAAAAAGUUCCAUCGCUUAAAUCCAAACCCUUAAGUGAUAAGCUUGCCAUUGAAAACUCAGUUGCCCCACUUGAAGCUUUAAUCAAUAAACAAGCACAAGGUGAAUUAUUAUUAGAACAUUUACAACAUACAGGUGAAGUUGUUCUGGCAAGUACAUCACCAGAUGGCCAAACCGUCAUAAAGAAUGAGAUGAAAGCUCUUAAAGAAAGUUUUGAUACACUCUUUAAUGAAAUAAAACAGCAAAAGAGUCAACUAGAAGACACCGUUAACCAAUGGCGAGAGUAUAAAGACGAAUACGAAAGACUUUCAGACUGGUUACAACAAAAGGAAAUACUUAUUAAAAACCAUAAAUUGGCAUUAUUAGGAACCGCUAAAGAAAAGGGAGGCCAGGUAAAUGAAGUAAAAGAAAUCGUUGAUCAAUUGCACAAGGGAAAAACUGAUAUUGACAAUUUCAACGCUUCAGCUACUGGCCUAUUAUCAUCUCAUUUAGAUACUUACGUAAACAAUCAAUUGAGACACCUUAACUCUCGAUAUCAAGUUCUCAUAAACAUGGCUAACGAUGUUCUUAAAAAAGUAGAAACUAACUACGAACAGCAUAAAAAUUAUGAUGAUAAUUAUGAAAAAACAAAGAAAUGGAUAAAUGAUGCCUGGGAAAUCACUCGAAGUGGCAGUGAAGCGGGUAACAAUAGCAGUAAAGAUGCUUUACAAAAGCGUUUGGAACAAAUAGAAGACCUACUGAAGCGUCGUGAGGAAGGCCAAAACCUUGUUCAUGCCACUGUUAAUAGUGGGGAAAAGGUGUUAAGAAAUACUAGAUCCGAUGGAAAAGACAGGAUAAAUACAGAAUUAAAAGAACUUCAAAAUGAAUGGGAUCGACUUGUUAAGAAGAUGACUACAGCUAAAGUCCACUUAGAAACAGCAUUACUUCAAUGGGCAGACUAUAGUUCUAGUUACUCUCAACUCCAACAAUGGAUAUCGGACAGGGAAGCGAAAUUACAAGAAGUGUGUGAACAAAAAGUUGCGAAGUCUAAAAAAGGUCAAGACCGUCAUGCAGGACUUACAACAGGUCUUAGCCUUGGAGAGAGAAAAGCUACACUUCGUCAAACAAACAAUAUUGUACAAGAUAUCGUUUCGUUUGAACCCAUGAUUCAGUCUGUAACUUCCAAGGCUUCAGAAUUAAUGCAACAAGCGCCUGCGUCUGAAAUAACCAGUAAAUAUGAGAGUCUUUCUAAACAAGCUAAAGACUUAUAUGAAAAACAAAAAGAAACUGUGGAACAACACCAAGUAUUCAUAGAUGCUGGUACAGACUUUGUCCAAUGGAUUAGAGCCGCUAAGGAAAAAUUAGGGAAGUGUUCCGAUGCAACCGGUGAUAAAGAAUCUUUAAGCAGUAAAAUAUCUCAAUUAAAAGUAUUGGAAAGUGAAUUGCCGGAGGGUCAAGCUAAAUUGCAAAAAGCGCUGGAACAGGGUGAGAUAUCCUGCGGUCUAGCUGAUGAAGAAGACAGAGAAGACAUUGAGGAAGAAGUGGCUCUAAUGCAAGAAGAAUACGAUACCUACGUAGAACAACUUCAUAAUACAAAAGCUUUGAUCGAGGGCGGUAUUGUUAAAUGGACAGAAUAUGAGGAGCAGUACAAGGAAGCCUUGGAUUGGUUAUCAAAGACUGAGAACCUGGUGCAAUCCUUUAAUAAAUUACAAAACAAUUUAGAACAAAAGAAAGUGGUUUUGGAAGAAUUCCAGUGUCACCUACAAACACUUUUUGAUUGGCAAGCUGAAUUGGAUAAGUUAAAUAUGCGUGCACAAACCCUGCUGGAAACAUGUUCAGAUACUAGGGUAUCAAAUGGUAUAACGCAGCUUACUACUAAGUACAACGCAAUCCUGUCACUCGCCAAGGAGGUUAUGAAACGCCUUGAAUUGCAUUACCAGGAGCAUCAACAACACAAUGCAUUGUACGGAGAAUGCCAAGACUGGUUGGAUAGGACUCGAGAGAAGUUGAACCAAUGUGCAGAGAUUCCGAACACCUUACAAGAAGUCAACAACAAACUCAACACUGUUAAACUUCUGCGCCAAUCUCUAGAACAAGGUCAAAACAAAUUGAGAUACCUCUUAGAAUUGAAAGAAAAAGUUAUGAUGAAUACUGAACAGGCCGGAGCGGCCAAGAUACAGGAAGAUACGGACAAUCUGAAGCAAGAGUUCGAUAAGUUGAUCGCUGACCUACAAGAAGUGAGAAACAAACUGACAACGAGAGCUUCGCAGUUUGAUGAUAUAUCGAAGAUCCAUAAACUCCUUGUAGAAUGGUUGGAUGAUAUUGAUCAAAAAAUGCAAUCAGACGAUUCGCUUCUCAACGACUUAUCAGAGAAGAAAGCUAAAUUGGAAAAAUUCAAAACCUUCAACAGAGACAUCGAUUCACACAAAGACCUUGUAAAUAAAUUGAAUGAAAAAAUUAAGGAGGACGCUUCAUUAAAAUCUAAAGAAAUAGAGGACACUUUGAAGCGAUACGACGAUAUUAAGAAGGCUGUCAAUGAUAUGAUCAAUAAACUCGAGGAGUACGUUAACUCGCACAUCCAAUAUAAAGAAUCGUAUGACAGUUUCUACGAUUGGAUUCGUAAUUGUAAGAUUGAAAUACAACAUUGCUCAGAUUCACACGGAGAUAAGGAGGAGGUUCAGAAGAAACUGAAAAGUGUCAAUAAAAUCAUUGGAUCACUUCCAAAAGGAGAGGCUUUACUUCAGAAGGCUAUUAAGUUGAGUGAAUCUGUGUUAGAAACAACUGGAAACGAAGGUAAAGAUAAUAUCAAUCAGGACAUCAAACAAUUAAAAAUAGAGUGGGAGAAUUUACAACAAAUAUGCAAGGAUACUAAAAAGUUAUUGGAGAAAUGUUUAUCUGCUUGGUCCGAUUUCAUGGAGACUUUAGAAAAGAUGACCAAAUGGGUCAAAGAUUUUGAAUCUAAAUUAAACACUGUCCAAAAGGUUGAUAAAAUAACUCCAGAAUAUCUUGAAAAGUGUCGUGAACUUUUAUCUCAAGCCCUGGCAAAUAAACAUGUUUUAGAAGAAUUAAACGACAGAUGUGAAAACUUAAUGGAACUUAGCGCUUGUGCUUGGGUUCGUGAUAAGACGGUCAAUUUACAAACUGAAUACACAGCCUUAUUGACUAAAAUACAAGGUCUUGUAUCAAAUGGAGAAAAGAACCUGUCAGAUCACACUGAAUUUAUCAAAGCAAAGGAGGAAUUACAGCGUUGGUUAGAGACUGCUCAUGGAACCGUACACGAUUCCAUUGGAGUUGGUGAUAUUGUCGCAACAAAAGACAAGUUAGAAACAGUCAAACUAGUCAGUAACAGGAUGACAGAAGGCCAUCAUUUGUUGGUUGUCUUACAAGAAGCAUUCAAGAAAGCUCUUAACAAUACCCCUCCUGAAGAACAAGACGGUUUACGUAACGACGUCAAAGUUUUGCAGGAGAGUUGGGAUCAACUUAAAAUAGACUUGAAUUCGAUAACGGCUCAAUUAAAGGCAGCCAUCGGCAAAUGGGAGGACUUUGAAGAAUCAAAGAAUAAAAUGAACCAAUGGAUCGAAGAAACUGAGCAGAACUUGGAUAGAGUACCCCCUGCAAGUGGUGAACUGGGAGAAAUGAAGACUCUUCUUGAGAAAUACAAACAUAUUGAGGAUGAAAUCAAUAACAAGUCUCCAGAAUUUGAACGCCUAAAGUCUGAAGCAGCAGAAUUAAGUGGUUGGGCUAAAAAUCCAGCCGCUAAAAAGGCUGUGGCAGCCUUAGAAAAGAAAUGCAAUGCCUUAAAGGCAAAGUGCGCUUCAAAGAAGGCAGAUCUAGAAGCCGACAUCAAAGAUUACAAUCAGUACCAUCAGUCUCUGCAAGAUACCGAAAAAUGGUUGCUGCAAAUAUCAUUUCAACUUAUGGCUCACAAUUCAUUGUAUAUUUCAAACCGUGAACAAACCGAGGAACAACUAGCCCAGCACGCAGUUUUACUGGAUGAUGUACAGAAGUAUCAGGCCACUCUAGACGAUCUCGAAGCAAAAGGUCGGGCACAGAUCGAACGCUACGAGGCCACAACACCAUCUAUCAAGGACACAGUCGGUAAACAACUGAAGAACGUUAAUGACAGCCACAAGAGCUUAUUAGCCACAGCUCUACAGAUUGAACGCCGUCUGAGAGAGGGUUUGGCUAAAUUCAAGGAGUAUGAAGACACUCUGGAGAGUAUUCUGAACAAUUUGGAUGAAUGUGAGCCGGCGAUCACUGAACUAGACGUCCCUGUGGAUGGACUGGCUCACGGACGAGACUUGCUGGAUAAGGCCAGGACGCUCCACAAUCGUCUGCAAACGGAGAAGUCUCGCCUGUGCGCGGCUGUUGCUGCUUGUAGUGCUGCUGCUGCCUCCGUGUCUCGACCCUCCUCGCCGGCAGAUACCGCACCUCCGCCAGUCCCACAGAGAGAACUACACGUUCGCGCGAGGCUGGAGGAUCUCAUCGACCAGACUCAUGUGAGCGACCUAGGUGGCGCACGAAUAGACUCCUUAAAACGGACUCUCGAAGCGCCGGAGUUCAGCCAGAAACUUGUGGCUUUCGAGAAUAAGGUACAAAGCCACCUGGAGACGCUGCGGGAUGCAGUCAGUGGAAUGGAGGAAGCUAUGAAGCAAAUGCAAGAAAUCCAGGAGUGGAUUGCGGUUCACGCCGCCUUGGCCCACGACUGGCUUUCUAACCCGUCUAAAUUACGACCGGAGGCCGCUAAACAGGAUAUGGCCACAAUGAAUGAUGCACUCGCGUCGCUGGCUGAAAAGCGUAAUAGAUUGCUCACUGAAAUUCCUACAGAGGGUCUGGAAGAUGAAAUAAAUCUUGAAGAAGAACUCGACAAACUAGAACAAACCAUUCAUCAGGCAAUCGAAAGAGAGAAGGGCAACCAGUCGAUCAUAGAAGAUUUUAGACACAAAUGCCAAGAGAUACAUGAUUGGUUCGAUUCUGUACUAAAGAAAAUGUGCCUAGCCGAUAAAGGGUCGGGAUUGCCUUGUCCACAGAAAUUGAAUGCUCUCAAAGAAUUAUCAUCUGACUUUGGGCAGAAUGGCAAGGAUAAAGUAGAUGCUAUCAAGAAUGUCGGGAAUAAAGUCAUCAACAUUGUUAGUAACUUGGAGUCGCAGCAAGUUGAAGAACAAAUGAAAUCAGUUGAGCGAAGGUACAACGACAUUGGUAAACGCAUUCAACGCAAAUUGCAGAUGUUAGAAAUAACUUACAAAGCCAUAGAUGGUACUAAGAAUGAGGUCAACGCUCAAAAUGAAUGGAUGCAAAAGGAAAUCGACAACAUGCUGCAUCCGGAGCCAUUGAGCUACGAUAGCAAGUCUGUUAAAGAUAGACAAAAGAAAGCAGCCAACUUACUGAAAGAAGCAGAUGGUAAAAAGACUGUUAUUGACUCUUUAGAAAAGAAGGUAAGCAACAUUCAAUCCGAGCUAGAACCUUCUGAACAAAUGCAAUUAGAGUCCGAGCUUUCGGAAUUAUCAUCUAAACAAAAACAGUUAGCGUCACUCGUUAAACAAGAAAUUGAGAGACUGGGAGGCUGCGCUGACACAAGGAAAAAAUUAGAAAAUGAUAUCGAGAAAGCUAAGAAUUGGCUUAAAUCUAAAGUAGCAGAGAUAAAGAAACUCGGAGGACCUGUACCCCUUGAAGUUGCUAAAGUUGAAAAAGAUAUAGCGGUUCAUAAGAAACUACAAAGUGAGCUCUCUGACUUCCACAAUGACACAUUUAGUGAAGUGAUGCGUCAGGGUAACGCUGUAUCGAAGGACUGCUCCAGCGAAAGCCGGGCUAAGUUGCAAGCUAUACUGGAAGAUUUAAACAAAACAUACACUGCAGCUAAAGUAGACAUUGAUGACAAACUGGCAGCUUUGAAUAAACUUCUUCAGGGAAGAAAUGAGUUUGAGGCUGAUGUCGCCAAGUGCCAGAGUUGGUUAAAUGAAGCUGAAGUAGCAGCUACUCCUGAGCUGCGUACAACUAGUCUACAAGUUUUGGAAGAACAGUUGGUUAAAUUUGAAAAAUUAAGUAAAGAGGCGGUGGAAGUUGAAAAGAAUAUUGGUAAAAUUAAGGAUAAAUCGAAAGAUAUUAUGGAUUCUUUAUCUGAUUCCAAUAAGCUACAGCUUAAGGAACAGGUGAAUGUUUUAUCUGAUAGAUUUGCAAGAAUUAAUGCUAUAAUAAACGACAAAAAGAACAUUUUAUUAAAGCAUAUCAAAGAAUAUAAGGAUGCUGCGGCAAAGAUAGCCGCUGCAUUAGAGUUCCUGAACGAAAUUCAAAACAAAUUAAAGGCUUUGAACAAACCAAUAGGUAGCAAAGUUGAAGACGUGCAACCAAUCAUCCAAGCUUACGAAUCUAUUCUGGAUGAUCUCAAGAAAAAUAAAGCUAUGCUCAAUGAAUUACAAGGAGGCAACUUACAUGACUUGCAAGAUAUUGUAGCUAAACAAGACGAACUGAUGAGCACGAUCGAAGACCAAAUAUCGAAACUCAAACAGUUGUUGCUAUUACGUGAACAGUUCUUUGCUUUGGUGAAGGAAAUUGAAGAUUUUAUAUCAAAAUACACAGAUAUCACGGCUGACAUUGAAAAAUCUAAUGAUUCAUUAGAAGAAAAGAUUAAACGCUACGAUGAUAUCAUAGUCAAAAUCCAGGGCUGUGAGGCUUUGUUAGCAACGGCAACAGAUAAGGGCCAACAGAUCGCGGCAGAAGGUACGGUGAUUGAUAGAAACAACAUCACAGAGUUAUUACAAUCGCUUAAACAACAGUUGCUAACAUUGCGACGCAACGUGGAGGCCAAACGCCAAGAGAAUGAACGAGCUGCGGCCGAACAUAAGAAAUUAGCAGCUGAUCUCUCUGCAAUACUUCAAUCUCUUCACGACAAUGAAGCUGCUGUACAUUCAAGGCCUCUAUUGAAUAGAGAUGUCGCUAGCGUUGAUAAAAAACUCAUUGAACACGCAACUCUAGCUAAAAACAUCCAAGGAUAUUUGGACAAGCUCACCAAAAUAAUCGAUUCCAUUAAAAGCGAUGAUGUAGUUCCCGGUACACUUUUGGAAAUGAUCUCAGAAGGAAAUUCUCUAAAAACUUCACUGCCAGAAGAACUAGCAAACAGAGAAAAACACCUACAAGAUAAUAAGAAAUACAGACAAUCAUAUCAACAAAUGGUUGAAAAACUGAGUAUUUGGGUGAAUGAAGCAAAUAUCAGACUAGGAAUGGGCAAAAAUGGAACAGACUUUGAAAACAUCGAGUCUGACAUCGAAGAGCAUAAGUCAUUCUUUAAUUCAUCAGAACCGGAAAUGAAAGAUCUUGUUGGAAAGAAGAUGCAGGACAUAGUGAACAAAAUAUGGCCAUCCCUCACUCCUUCCGAGCAGGAAGAGUUAUCUAAGGAACAUCAGAAAAACAACCAGCUUCUGAAGAAUACGUUGAAUUCAGCGAAAUCUCGUCAAGCACAACUGGAGAUAGAUUUGGAGAUCUGGAAAGAUUUCUGUCAGUUAGUGGAAAAGAUAAAGGCUAUUCUGGAUAAGAACGACAUCCCUGAAGAACCCGUGACUUCUAUGGAAUCACUCCGCUUGUACGUUGAGAAACUGAAACACGCCCACAACGACCUUGAGAACCAGCAGGCUCUGCUGGACGUGGUCCGUGAGCGCGCCCGCGAGCUGUCCGUGGGCGCUGAUGCGGCCAGUGGGGAGAGGGUCGAGCAGAGGGCGAGGGAACUGGCGGACCGCUGGGAAGUCGCCUGUGAAGGUCUAGCGAAACGAGCUGCAACAGCUGAUAGCCAGCUGCAGCGUUGGUCGUCUUUGGAGGACACACAUCGUGCUCUAUCCGCGGCUUUAACCGCUGCAGCCGACCGCCUGCGACACCUGGACACCAGCCCGCCGACCAGGAGACGAGCGCUGGACAUCAAACAUGAGUUACAGGAACUACAAAGCGAUGUUUCAAGUCUGGAGGAGAGUAGAGAUGAUCUUGUUGAACACGGAGACUUCGUCGUAUCACUGUUGAAGCCACACGAGGCCGCCGCUGGUAUAGAGAGAGAUGUCAGGGAGAUGGUGGAAAACUAUGAGAAAUUGCGACAGACUCUUGCGGCGAGACUCGCGGAGAUCGACGAAAUUGUUUCCGAAUUCGAUCGCAUUUCGGAGAAGAUCGAUAAGCUCCGACAACAGAUCGAAAUCUAUAUAACUAAAGUAAGAACCUUCUACGUAUUCGGAGAAGACGACGAACAGGGUCUACGACAAUUAUCAGCUGAGGUCUCGGAUCUCGUCGAGAGUACGAAGACCUUCACUGAGGAGAGUCGGAAACGCUACGGGGGUUCUGCGCCCGCGGACAUUGCGCAGGAGCUCUCGGCAUUAGAAUUAUCCGCGGAAGCCCUGGCCGCCGCUAUGGAAGAAAAAGAAAGGGAGUGGAAACGAGCCAAGACUGCCCGUACUGACUACGCAGCUGACGUGGACAGCGUGCAAGCUUGGGUCCGCGCAGCCGAGCUGACGGCUCGUGAGCGCACGUUACCACCACAGCCUUACCGUGAAAGACUCGUAGCCGUCCGUUCUGAGGAGCCAGGAGUGGCUGAUCGCGUUGAUCGCCUCACUAGGAAUGCGCGGACUUUGGUGGAGGGCAGCCGCGACGCGGAUGACCGUUCACUAAUCCAAUCAACCGUUGCGGCGCUCACAGAGCAGUUUACAGCCGUGUGCUCGGAGCUGGAGGCACGUCAAGCUGCAGUCGAAGAUGCUUGUGAUGCCGUGGCUCGUUUCCUGGCACUCCUAGAAAAGGUUCUACUCUGGGUGGAAACGCAACGCGCUUUCCUCGCGCGGCCGCUGGUUUUGGCCGACUUGCAGGAGGCGCAACAAAAACAGACAGAAUACGGGAACGCCCUUAAGAGUUGUAAGCAGCAGGCUAAAAAUUUAGCUGAUAUGACUAAAGAACUGGAAGCGAUUGAGCGUGUGACUAGUCCAGGAGAUUUACCUUCAAGAUUGGAGGCCGCCGAGAAUGCUACAGUGGAUGUAGAAAAGCGUCUAGCCAAGACAAAUGGUUUACUACAAGAAUUAGCCGAAGAGUGGGAGCGAUGUGAGAAGAAAUUGAAGGACGUUGGCCAUUGGCUCGAGGCCACAACUAGAACUCUAGAAGCACCACAGAACGCGAAAAAGCCUCUCCGGGAUAGAUUGGCUUUUAGAGAAAAAUUAAUUAAUGAUAUAUCAACACAAAAAACUAAAAUUUCCUACGCUGUAGAAAAACUCAACGUACACUUCGGAGCUGAGGGUGUGGCGGCGCAGUCGGGUGCACCAUCCGGUGUAUCAUCGGCAGCACGUGCCUUAGUCGGCUCUCUAGACGCUCUGGGUGCUGCCACAGGAGCGCAGGCUACGCAACUGGCGGCCGCUCUGGCGCAGGUGGAGGCUUAUUGCGCGGACGUGGCGCGCCUUCGUGGCUCGUUGUUGGCAGCCGAGCAACGCUUGCGCCAUGCUGCCCAGCCGCACUAUAGCCCCGGAGACCCCGAACAGGCUGCUCGGGCACAACAGGAAUGUCGCGAGAAAGUUAAGUCACUGCAGAGCAAAAUACAGGCGCGGAACGAAAGAAUCAAACUUAUUGUACAACGCGGCGGUCCGGACGCCGAUCCGCUGUCGGAUGCCUAG